GGACCAAACUACCUGUCUCUUAUUGUGGAAAGACCGGUUCUUAAAGUUGUAAUUCACCAUCAAGCAACGCGCAUACAAAACUGCUGCAUGACGGUUUAGGUUUACCCAAAGCCAAACCAAUGCUCGCUGCUCACUCUCAAUAGUGUUCUUCAUCAUCUCGGUUCAGCAUUAUUGGUGUUUAUUAUUUUUAUCUCACCUUUCGCUUUGGGUUUGUCUCGUCGUCGCCCAUACACUUCCUAUUCCAAGGUGUUCUCUUUUAAGUGCAUUUCUGUCAUAAACAAAUUUAUUUGUUUACUUUGUUUCUCAUCCGGAACUGUAUUAUUGCGAUCCAAACAAAGAAUUCGGUUAUUUCCAUAAUUCGCAAAUUAAUUCUUUAUAAAGAACUUCCUAAACUCUUGAGAGAGCUCUUAGCUAUUCAAAAUAGUAUCUUUUUGUUUGUGUCUUUAUCUUUACAUAACAUCCAUUGACACGCACACGGAGGUAGAGAGAGGCAAGGUCUCCUAUCUCUGUAAAUUCGUGUGCACCAAGCAAACUGUGUUGAUGCUGGUUGCACGACGACAACGAUGAUGCAUCGACAGAGUACUCAAGUUCUUGGAGUCUCAAAUGUAUUAAACUCAAAUAAUUGCGGUGCAAGUGCUGCUGCAGCAGAGAAUCCAACUGACCUUAAGGGCCAUUACCCUUUGGAGACGCUACCAAAACAGUUUGUGGUGUCGAUGAAGAAACUCUUCGAUAUAUUGGACGAUCAGAGAACUGGUUAUGUGAAAUUUUCUGAUAUACAAAAAGGAUGGCAGGACGAUGGAUGCAAAGGGUUGCCGCGGGGUGUGAUUGAAAGUUUGCGCAAAGUCACUCCAACAAGUGGUCUCUUGUCUUUCGAUAGAUUUUGCGCGGGAUUGAAGAUUUGCUUGUUGCAAAAUCAACAAGUGGACAUAUCGAAUGCUGUUCGGUCGGAUAAGCCACCAAGGCCUCCAUCGGCACCGUUGUUGGAUAUUGAAAAUCCGGUUCCUAAUGCUCAAUGGUCGAAUACGAAUUGUAAUACGGCAACAGUUCGUCCGAAUAAUAUAAUAUCCAAUCAAAGAGCAUUGAGCUUGCCUCAGUUGAGUCCUGAAAUUGAAUUGGAUAUUAUGACUGAUACAGAAUUGGCUGCGAGGGAUAUUUAUAGUAGUCCCCCUCCUCCACCGAAACCUCCACGUAGUGCUAUGACGGCAAAUAAUGCAAAUGCCAUAGAUAAAGCUGAGAUUCGUCAUGCUUUACAGAAUUGGCAAAUGGGAAUUCUAAUGAAUGAAAUGGAUUCGAAAGAUAAAAGGAAAUCAUUUCAGGUGCUGAGGGGUACUGCAGAUGGUGGUUCGUCGACAACGCCAGAUAGUGGGGCACAAUCAAUACCGAAUGGUGGUUAUCAGAAGAAACGAAGGGAACCUCGACGACACACUUUACAAAAUGGUAUUGACUAUAAUAUGCUGAAGAGGAUGAAGCAAUUCGAGGAGGAACGUGAUGUAUUGCUUCAAGGACUGGCAGCUGUUGAGAAAGCUCGAGAAUGGUAUUUGCAACAGAUAUCCAAUGCUCAGGAAAAGAUCAAGUAUUUGGGGAGAAUGGGAUCUCAUGUGGAACAAUGGUCUGAGGUACAUCAAGAGAGAUUGGACUUUCAACGUGCCAGAGUUUUAGAGAUAAAUCGUCAUCUCUCAACUCUAGCUGAGACUUGGGAACGUGGUGGCUUUCCAACUCACAUUAAUCUUGCCAUACGCCCCACAAAUCAUCAAGGACUACUCCAACCGGUCGACCGUCUUCGCCAACAGAAUCGCAAUCUAACCAACGAAGUUAAUCAAAAGACCGAUCGAAUUGCAAUGUUAGAACGAGAGAAACAAACACUUAUUCGAGAGUUGCUGGAAUUACAAAAACGCAACCCAAAUCGAGGAGGAGGAUUGAUAAGUGUUGUCUCUCAAGGAUCUCAAAAUUGCAUGAGUUCAUCUGGCCUUGUCGAUGCCGAUGUUGUUUAUUGAUUGAGAUUGAGAACAACUUUUGUGCUAUUUUGUGCCGUAAAACGCUUUUUUUAUAAUAUAAAUAAAAUAAAUUUUUU